AUGAUCUUGCUCCUCUUCUUGUUCGGUCUGGCUCUGGGUGCUCCUUCUGAGUCUCCUUCUGAUGACAAUGAAGUGAAGCCACAGCUUAUGAAGCUGCUACGUGGAAGCUGUCCCACAUUGUGGUGGAGCUUCAACAGCCGCUGCUACAAAUAUGUGGCCACACACUUGAGCUGGGCUGAUGCAGAACUCUACUGUCUGUCACAGGGAGCCAACCUGGUGUCUAUCCACAACACUGAAGAAGAGAACUUUGUCAGAUCCCUGAUCAGGAACUUCGAUCAUGAACAGAGACCCACCUGGAUUGGACUCAGUGACAUCCACAAAGAGGGCAGAUGGAUGUGGUCUGAUGGGUCUGUGGUAGGUUUUGUUAACUGGAAUGCAGGCGAGCCAAACAACGUGGCAGGAAAAGAGCACUGUGCUACAAACAACUUUAGCUCACCUAAGAAGUGGAAUGACUGCCCAUGUGCUCACAGUUUUUCAUCUGUUUGUUUAAAGCGCAAAGACUAA